AUGUCGAAUCCACCGUCCGCCGCCAUCAUUAACGUGACUUUAAAACGGAAAGAGAGAGAAGGGAGAGAGAAGAGUGAGAGGGAAGGGUUUGUUAAAGAUGUGCGAAUGGUUUUUCGCCGAAAAACGAGAAAAGAUUACGGUGGUAUAAUUAUUAGUUGUGGUGGUGGUGGUGGCAACGAUGAUGAUGAUUUAUAUAUGAAUUUAUAUACGGGGAAAAACAUUUUCUGA